UCAAACCAAAUACCCGAAACAGUGAACACAGGUUUUUUUAAAUUGCGGAAGCGAAUAAACGCAACCGAGAGACGAAUUUUGCAUUCCACAUCUCGACCCGUACAGUGAAGUAGUUGCAACAGCAGCAAAAAAAGCGUUCGAUCCGUAAAUACGUGAUUUUGAGUAGAAGUUUGUUGAAGCAGUUUAUUGUCCACCGGUAGCAAACAGUGAUGGUUGUCGCAGUGAAAGUAUUCAAAAAAUCGGCACCGAAUGGUAAACUGACCGUCUAUCUCGGCAAGCGUGACUUCAUCGACCACACCGACUACUGUGACCCGAUCGAUGGCGUUAUCGUGCUGGAUCAGGAGUACCUGCGAGGUCGCAAGAUCUUCGGGCAGCUCAUUACCACCUAUCGCUAUGGUCGCGAAGAGGAUGAGGUGAUGGGUGUGAAGUUCUCCAAGGAGAUGGUGCUGACCAAGGACCAGAUCUACCCGAUGGAGAACGCCAACAUGGAGAUGACGCCGAUGCAGGAGCGGCUGGUGAAGAAGCUGGGCGCGAACGCGUUCCCGUUCACCUUCCACUUCCCGAGCAUGGCACCCAGCUCGGUAACGCUGCAGGCCGGUGAGGACGACCAGGGCAAACCGCUCGGUGUCGAGUACGCGAUCAAGGCGUUCGUCGGUGAGGACGAGAGCGACAAGGGCCACAAGCGCAGUGCCGUGACGCUUACCAUCAAGAAGCUCCAGUACGCACCGUCUACCCGUGGUCGCCGUCUGCCUUCGUCGCUCGUCAGCAAGGGCUUCACGUUCUCGCAGGGCAAGAUCAACCUGGAGGUGACGCUCGACCGGGAGAUCUACUACCACGGUGAGAAGAUCGCCGCCAACAUCGUCGUGACGAACAACUCGCGCAAGACCGUCAAGAGCAUUAAGUGCUUCGUGGUGCAGCAUUGCGAGGUCACAAUGGUGAACGCGCAGUUCAGCAAGCACAUCGCCUCGCUGGAGACGCGCGAGGGCUGCCCGAUCACGCCCGGGGCCAGCUUCACCAAAUCCUUCUUCCUGGUGCCGCUUGCAUCGAGCAACAAGGACCGCCGGGGAAUUGCACUCGACGGACAUCUGAAGGACGAUGACGUUAAUCUCGCCUCGUCCACGCUGAUCGGCGAGGGCAAAUGUCCGUCGGAUGCGAUGGGUAUCGUCAUCUCAUACUCGCUGCGCGUCAAGCUCAACUGCGGCACGCUCGGCGGCGAACUCCAGACGGACGUACCGUUCAAGCUGAUGAACCCGGCACCUGGAACCGUGGAGCGAGAGCGGGUGAAUGCGCUGAAGAAGAUGAAGUCGAUAGAGCGCCAUCGUUACGAAAACUCGCACUACGCCGACGAUGACGAUAAUAUCGUGUUCGAGGACUUUGCCCGCCUGCGGAUGAACGAGCCGGAAUAAGGCGCUCGCUUUACUACACCUCCAAACCUUCGCCAAAUGAGGGCAACGCGCGGAAGGGCACCUCGUGGUGUCCUUCUUCUCCACCGAAUACCCAGCUGAGCAACUUGAGGAAAGUCAAGCUAACACGAUAAAUACUAAUGCUUCCAUGCGAUUCCCGUCCCAAUUGCCUGAUGUCCCUGCUGCACUCCCCAGGGAGAGAGCGAGCACCUAGUGUGCGUGUGUAGGGCUCGAAGAGAAAAAACAUUUGAGCCAUAGGGACCUGUCCAGGGCUAGUCUAGGGAACUCUAGCAGCGAACUAUACCUGAGCCACGUAACAAUGCCCAUGUGAUAAUACUAUGAUGCUAUUUAUUCAUCACCAAAUGCACCAAGUAACACGACACGAAAAAAAAACUUAAGACCCCGUAGCGAAGGAACAACCUACCCUCUAAGUGCUCCCCAUUAACGUUAAAACGAAUAUAUGAAGAGAAAACACACGAAAAACUCGAGGAGUGAUAGUAAGCCUCCACAAGCAAAAAAAAGAAGCAACAAGCAAAGUAACGGAACGAUUAUGAAACUGAUCAAAAAUUUGAUUCAUCGAUUAAUUGCCUGUCACAACGAGGUUCUAGCGAAAGACUGCGCAGUCACGGAACAACAACGGGGGACGGAAAGGUCCCGCAUAAAGCAGAACCCGGACACAAUUGAUCGAUCAAUCGAAGAGCAACUGAUAGCAAAAUGCUAAAAAGACGAAGUAAAAAAAAAAAACAAGAACCAAACCUCUACCCCAAAACAAAACACCAGAAGUGAACGAAAUCGAAUCGACGAUAGUCUAGUGCAGCUCGGUUCGGGGUUGGACGCUUUUCCCGGACACUGCCCGGGAAAACCGGCCAUCCGCGAAUCGCUAGGCGACAGCAGCCUUAGAGUGUAAGACGUUUUAUUUUCUGUUUUAUUUUCGGUGAGUACAGAAGAAUUGCAAAAGUUUACCAAAAAAAAACAA